AUGAGAGUCCCUACGCUGAUAAUUUUUGCAUUAACAAGAUGCCUCGUCGAUUCUUUGGAUGUUAAGAACUUUGUACCUUCAGAUGGAUCUGCAGCAGAAGGCGCAGAAACGGAUCCUCCCGCAGUUCAACAGGGUCAAGAUGCCGUGCCGGAGCAACCUCCUCACGAUGUUGUAGAUCACAGAGAAAACCGCGCCUAUGAUGUAAUACCUCCGCUAGAGGCUCGGGCUGCUGGGCUCUCUGGAGAAUCUUCAGAGGAGGAUGGACAUGCGGUAAAUCCAUCAGCUGAAGGUAUGCCAGAUAGUGCCAAGGGGUCAGAUGAGCGUACUAGUGAAUGCAAAGAAACUGAAUCAUCUCAUCUAAAAGGCACUUUAGCCUCUGAAAACAAGGAUAUUGUCCAAGCCAGCGCUGAUAAAGACGGAGAUUCAGAGGCCAGUGCCACAUUUCUUUCCGAACUAAAUACUGGAUCAUGCGCUUUCAGACUCUCCACAGAAAUAAUCGAGUGUGCUCUAGAGGCAGACAAGGCAAUGAAGGAAGCGGAGGAACAAGUAAGAAAACUAACUGAAGACUAUAAACGAUCGUUGACAAACACAAGAGAAAUUUGCGAUACCCUUUUAAAGGUGAUGGACUGUCACAGUGAACAUUGUAAAGAUUAUAGCGACAUUACAAAACAACUUGUAGAGUUUAGAGAAAGGCAAACAUGCAGAAUAGAACCAGAUUUACUAACCUUUUUUCGUGACAUCGUCGGGAAGAUGAGAAAUAAGGAAACGCACAGUGACUUUGAAAGCAUAGCAAAGGAAUUCGAGGACGCCGUAGAUGAGUACGUGGACGGAAUAACUCAGUACAGCGAAAUAUACAAAGCAGGUGCAUACAAGACUCUAAGUAACGCUGUUAACUCCAUGGAAAAGGUUCGGGAGGGGCUCAGGAAAGAAGCGCAAAAGAAUGCAGAAAUGAAGGCACUUCAGGUGCAUGUAGACAUGAGCAUACAAGUUGUAAUUUCAGCUACAGAUUCACUGAGAACUCUCUUGAGCAAGCUUUUAGAUUUCUAA